AUGGCGCGAGCAGACAGCGACAGUCAAAAUGGCGGUAGCACCUCGACCUCGAAAGUCUUCCGCUCGACAAUACAACAAUUCACGCUUGCCAAAGAUGACUACAUGUCCGGAAGUGGUAACCAGAACACUAGCGCUUGA